ACGCCGGUGGCUUCCGGUUAGAUUUGUUUUGAAAUUUUUCUGAGCUGGGGCGACACAUUGUCAGACAUGUCCACGCUGUUCCCCUCUCUCUUCCCCCGGAUAACGGAGUCUCUGUGGUUCAACCUUGAUCGACCCUGCGUGGACGAAACCGAGCUCCAUCAACAGGAGCAGCAACACCAAACCUGGCUGCAGAGCAUUGCAGAGAAAGACAACAACCUGAUGCCCAUUGGGAAACCUAUUUUUGAUGGGGGAUACGAGGAAGAGGAAGAGGAGGACGAUGAGGAUGAGGAGGACAGUGAGGAAGACUCGGAAGAUGAAGAAGACAUGCAGGACAUGGAUGAGAUGAACGACUACAACGAGUCACCAGAUGAUGGCGAGAUCAAUGAGGUGGACAUGGAGGGACCAGAUCAAGACCAAGACCAAUGGAUGAUUUGAGACAAAAGACAAUUUUAGUCUCCAUCAAGCUGACAUUCAUUGGAUUUCUACUCCACGUGUUAAAAUGACUGCUGCCCCUACAGUCUGUGACACAGGUGUAUUAUUUAAUUGUGUAAAUAGGAAAAGUGUUGAAUCAAAGCUUACAUUAUCAUGUCUUUCAGCAGGACGUUUGGUGAAUCCGGUUUCAUUAGACGUCUAUUUCAAGCUGCAGUUGGGCUUUGAAGGCCCUGGAAGUUGUUGGAAAUUGGCUGUGAGUGUUGCUACCUCACACGUGCGUGCGCACACACACACACACACACACACACACACACGCACGCAUGCACACACACACGGUUCUGCUGUUUUGUAACUAGUCAGACACACAGCAGUGGGCAUCAUUUAAACUUCGACCUUGUCAUAUCUUCAGUCAUGUGCCAGUUCUCUGAGGGCCUCCAAAGAGCUGACUGAGCACAAACAAAGAGUUUAGUCAGCUAAAUAAUUUGUUACCUAUGAGAGAGAGUGACAGAUAUUUCACCACGUAAUACACUUCUGUUUCAAAGCAUUGUUUGAGCUGUUAAUUUCUUGUUACAGAUAUAUUUCCAGUGGAAUCUAAAAAAAAAAUGCUUGUGACAUUGUGUUAUGUUCAGACAGUUCACCAGUUUUGAUGGAAAUGUUGAUAUUUUAUAUUUUUUUAAUAUCUGUGUCAAAGGUAAAAGCAGCUAUUAAUUUUGAAGAAUGUCAGCCGAAAUAUGAAUACACACAGUGUUCAUUCAAAUACUUGGUCGUUUGUAUGGAAGUGAACAGAAGCCUUUGCGUUUUGUAUUAAAUUAAAUCAUUUUGAUGAGA